AUGGCGUCUCCGUCCACGCCGCCGUCGUCGUCAUGGGUCAUCCUAGGCAGCAUCCCAAGUGUCUCCACGCCGACGGACGGCGCCGACGCCUCCGUCGCGCUCACGGCGCCGCCGCGCAUCUCCAUCCUCACCGUGUCCCCGCGCGUCUUCCCGAAUCCCCCAACGCCCCACUUCUUCCCCUUCGUCCUCGCCGCCGACCCUUCCGGCAUGCUCCUCCUCCAGGCCAACCUGCGCUGCACCCCGACCCGUGAAGCCAUCGACCGUCCCUACACCAAGUCCGUCAGCUGGAAAUUAGACGACCGGCGCUACUUCGUGCUCGACGCGACCACCUCCUCGGCGUUCCAGCUUCCCGACCCCGCGGCAACCAUCCUGCACCAGGCCCUCCUCGGCCUUGUCGUCUCCCCUGGCGGAGGCGGCCACUACAUGGUGGCGGAGCUCCAGCCCAUCAUCGGCAUGGAUAUGGCUACGCUCCUCUGUUUCUCUUCGGAGGUUGGGGAGUGGGUCGAGAAGCACGUCCAUUACCCUCUCCCGCCCCGGCCUUGGGCUGCCAUCUGCGUGCUCUCGCACCUCGGGAGGCUCUGGUGGGUCGACCUCUCAUGGGGCCUCAUCACCUGCGACCCCUUCGCCGACGACCCGGUCCUGGGCUUUAUCCCGCUCCCUGCAGAGAGGGUGCUGAAAUGCAGGGAAGGCUGGGGAGUCGCCGACAAGUACCGCUGCGUGGGGGUGAGCGGCGCCAAGCUGCGUUUCGUGGACAUGUACCCUCGUAGCGAGUGCGCUCCCAAUGUCGCCGUGUGGACUCUGGCCGAUCCAGAAUCCAAGGAGUGGACGCUGGAGCACGAGGCGAGGUUUACUGAGAUCUGGGCCGAUGAGAGCUACCAGGCGACCGGACUGCCCAACAAGAUUCCCGUGCUCGCCCUGAUUCACCCCAGGAACCCCGACGUGGUGUACUUCGUUCUGGAAGAGCACCUCUUCGGUGUUGACGUGCGUGCUCGCAAGGUGGUGGAGUGCGAGGUCUAUGGGCUGGUUGCGCCGCCGAGCUGCCGCAUGGCCAGCCGCUUCGUCCGUGCAUGGGAGCUGCCGCGGGCACUCUCCUCAGGUAAUGAUACCCCUUUCCCCUGUCGGCUUGUAUUAGGGCAUCUACUAGAGUUGCACCACCUACCACCACCGCUACUAGCCGACGCGCUCGACGGAGGGACGAGAUGGCGGCGGAACCUGGCGGGCUUCAUCCCCUUCGCUACUCUGAUGAAGGAGGCCGAACGAGAAGCGGGGCAGCGCGAGGAGGAGCACCUGGCGGACAUGCGGAGACAGGUGAAGCAUCGCCAAAAGUUGCUGCUCCUCCAGGUGUGCCUAGCCUCAAAGUGGGUGGUCAAGCAGGUGGGAUGGCGCCCGCAACUAUCGGGGCAGGGAAUCGAAGAGCAGAUCGCGGCGACGCAAGCGAAGUAG